AUUCUAUGCUGGGCAGGUUCACGUAAGUCUGAGUUCCUCAAGGGCUGGCUCUUAGGAGCUGUUUGGAAAAUUCAUUGCCAUGCAUGAGUCGAGGGAUUGCUUCUUAUUCCGUUGGAAAUUGUUAACGGGGACUGCAUUAGCGACCCCUUAUCGCUUUGCCUGAUAGCGAGACAGCAGGUUUGCCCAAGCAAUUCUGGAACCCUGAUCACUGCCAAUUAAGGAGCAUUGUCUGGCUGACAUGAUCAACUUCACGUCCCAACAUGGAAGCUGUUGCCAAGUUUGAUUUCCUGGCCUCUGGGGAGGAUGAACUGAGCUUUCACACUGGAGAUGUUCUGAAGAUCUUAAGUAACCAAGAGGAAUGGUUCAAGGCGGAGCUUGGGAGCCAAGAAGGAUAUGUGCCCAAGAAUUUUAUAGACAUCCAGUUUCCUGAGUGGUUUCAUGAAGGACUUUCGAGACACCAGGCAGAGAACUUACUCAUGGGCAAGGAAGUUGGGUUCUUCAUCAUCCGGGCCAGCCAGAGCUCACCAGGGGACUUCUCCAUCUCCGUCAGGCAUGAGGAUGACGUCCAGCACUUCAAGGUCAUGCGAGACAACAAGGGCAAUUACUUCUUGUGGACUGAGAAGUUUCCAUCCCUAAAUAAGCUGGUGGACUAUUAUAGGACGACUUCCAUCUCCAAGCAGAAACAGAUUUUCCUGAGGGAUAGAACCCGAGAAGAUCAGGGUCACCGUGGCAACAGCCUGGAGCGCAGGUCCCAGGGCAGCUCGCAUCUUAGUGGGGCUGUGGGGGAAGAAAUCCGGCCUUCAAUGAACCGGAAGCUGUCGGACCACCCCCCACCUCCUCCCUCACAAUACCACCAGCACCAACAGCCACCCCCACAGUACCCCACGGGGCCGCAGCCCCCACCGCAGCGAUACCAACAGCAUCACCACUUGCACCAGGAACGUCGUGGAGGCAGCCUGGACAUAAAUGAUGGGCACUGUGGCGCAGGCAGCGAGGUGAACGCAGCCCUCAUGCAUCGGAGACACACAGACCCGGCCCAGCUCCAGCUGGCAGGGCGCGUGCGGUGGGCCCGGGCCCUGUACGACUUUGAGGCCCUGGAGGAUGACGAGUUGGGAUUCCACAGUGGAGAGGUGGUCGAGGUUCUGGACAGCUCCAACCCAUCUUGGUGGACCGGCCGGCUGCACAACAAACUGGGCCUCUUCCCUGCCAAUUAUGUGGCACCCAUGAUGAGAUGAGCCCUGCUGGGGGGACCGGAAGCUUUCUGUCUGAAGCUAUCCCCAAGAAAGCGGGCAAGGAAAAUUCUCCUAUAUCCUGGCUGUGUCGCUGGACCACACAACUACAUACCAUGCAU